AUGGCCACUGCUCUGUCUCCACCUCACCGCCCUUGUCUGCCUUUCUCCUGGGACCGUUCGAUUGUUGCCGUCUAUGUACGCGACACGAUGGCUUACCAUUUCCACGCGAAGGGUCAGAGUACCUUCACGGACGCUUUCUUCGUGGAACACGCACACCCCGACUUUAUUGCUGGCCUUAAGUCUGCACAAUACACUCGCAACAAGGUCCUUGGACAAGCCCAUCGCAAACAACUGGCGUGGAAUAUCCUCAAAGAUGCGCCCAUGCCGGUUUGUUCAUUCCCGGAAUGCGAAGGACACACUCUCACCGAGCGCGGAGACUUCUUUGUCACUCGCAAUAUCGUCGGAACGCAUUUUCCUGAGUUCAAAACAGCUCCGGUCCACCUGAAGGAGGAGAUUACUCGCGUUGCUCGCCAAUAUAUCGACUACGUCCUUAUCGGGGAUCUUGCCAACACCAGGCAGGAGUGGAAGGAUAUCCAGAAAGGCAAAGUCGAUUCUGCGCGCCCCACCCGUUCAUCGAGGUGCCCAGAUGGUUGGUUGGAAAGGAGGGACCCGAUUCCCCUUUCGCCCCAGGCGGAAGCCUGGAAGGCCGCGCAUCCUGUAGAGGAGACCUCGAAGAACAAGAAAUCUACCCGGCGUGCUGCCACGUUGCUCCCCGGCUCGUUCACGCCGAGCGCCUCCGCCAGUCCUACUCUUCACGCGCCGGAGGAUGAAGACGACAAUGCGGAUAUGAAGAGUUUGUUUGGGGAUGACCUCUCCGACACGUUUUCCAUCUCCUCUUCUGACGAUACCCGCGCGCUCGACAUCAAGAGUUGGUCUCCGCUCAAUCCAGCCUGCAUCGAUCUCGACACCCACGCCCAUACCGACAUCGACACCGGCACCAACUUCGACUUCGACACAGUGGCGUACCCUCCCCUUGACUGUUCUAGCGGCAGGGUGAUUCUCAAAGGGAGCACGGGCGAGUUAAUCAACGAGGAUACCGGGGAACCGCUCCCCUGUCAUCAGGUCUUCGGCUAUCCCGCGUACAUUAUCAAUCCACCGAGGCCAUAUGAAUCGCUCGAAGACCUGUUCACUCCACCUCGCCCGCUACCCGAAACAGAAUGCCAGUGGUGGCUUCCUCCGCCCACUCAGCAAGACCAGGUGUCCCUUCAGGAACCGGACACACACGUUGAUCUUCAUCGUAACGACAACCUUCCAGUCCAGCCAUCCUGGCUGAUGGCCUAUUGA